GUCGCGAAGAGCGCCUUUUCUCCCCUGACUAGUGUCCUCUCUUCUUUAUUCCAUUAUCGUGAUCUUUUUGGGUGUCUCGGUCAUCUCAUCGUUCGAGUUGGUCGUGGCGCGUUGAACUCCAGCCUCCCGCAUCCAUCUGUCUCGGUGGACGGCUCCGAACUCAUCUUAAUUCCCCUCCAGCGACGCGCCUGCUACGUGGCCGCCGUAGGCGCAUAAUCUCCUCCUCGUUCGCAUCCCACCCGUCCCCCUCCCACCUCACCAAGCCGAGCAAACAGUUUUCAUUCUGUUCACCAUGUCGCGAUCUCUACCAAAGAAGAACAACCCGCUGAUCCUCACCGAUGUGGCUCCGCCCUAUGAGGAUCUGCUUGCGCGCCGCCGUCUCGGCAAGACCAACCUGUCCGUCAAGCCUACUCAAAUCGGCACUUCGAAUGCGACCAAGCCCGAAAACCUAGGGCUGUUCGAGUACGCCCACCUCCGGGCACCUCUGCCCAAGGACUUGCAGGGCUCGGAGAUCUUCCCAUCACACACUCCCGCACAGCACCCAGAGACUUACUUUUUGAUGCGGAGGAGUAAGGAUGGUUUCGUUAGCGCAACGGGAAUGUUCAAGAUUGCCUUCCCUUGGGCCAAGACUGAAGAGGAGAAGAUUGAGAGAGAGUACCUGAAGGCGCGCGAGCACACAAGCCAAGAAGAGGUUGCUGGCAAUGUCUGGAUUUCUCCUGAAUUUGCGCUGGAGCUUUCUAGGGAAUACAAGAUGUACGAUUGGGUCCGAGCCUUGCUGGAUCCGACCGAUAUUGUCCAGAGCCCGACGAGCGCGAAGAAGCAGAUCACUCCUCCACCCAAGUUUGAACUGCCCAUGGAUGAGCCAACUUCGACCCGCCGGAGCCGCCGGUCAGUCUCACCGAGCAAGAAGUCUACUUCUCCUCGCAAGUCCCGGACAGUCCGCUCUGCCAAGGACGUCUUGAGCACACCCUCCACAGCCGCUGCCAACAGCAACCUACAAGAGGCUCUUGAGAUCACCGCUUCCAUGGAGGCUGCGGCAAACAGCCCUAUUCGUCCUGUUGCGGUCGAAGAGGUUGAAGUGACGGAAGUCAUUGUGCAGGGAUCACCGGAGAAGAAGAAGGGACGCAAGCCUAAGAAGGCCGCUGCGGAGACGGAGGAGGCCAAGGAAGAGGAAGGAGAGGAGCAGAAGGACAAGAAGGCUGAAAAGAAGGAGAAGAAGAAGACCGAGAAGACCGAGAAGAAAAACAAGGACAUCAAGGAAGAUACGGAGAUUCAAGUCUCGCCUGCCGCUCCGAUUACGGACGACACCCCAAAGACCACUCUUACUCUCGACAUGCCCAUUCUUCUUCCAGAGGUGCCAUCUGCUGCCGAGACCCAGGAAAUGAUUGCCAAGGCCAAGGAAAUGGUGGAGGAUGCCAUUAUGAGCCAGGCUGACAGCUCGGCCGCAGGAUCCUCAUCUGUCAAGGUGACCAAGAAACGCAAGCCCGUCGAAGAAGAUGAGGACGAGGAGACCGCGGCCGAAGCUGCUCAACGGGCCAAAAAGGCCAAGGUGCUAGAGGAGAAGUUGAAGCGCGAGCGUGUGCGCAACCGCGCUCUCUUCGGUGUCUCGGCAGCCUUUGCUCUUGCUGCAUCCAUUCCUUAUUUCUUCUAGAUCAAUAGAUCUAUCAUGUACCCUCCGGCCUGGAUCAGCCGGCUUGCUUUGAUUACAGUUUCUCGAGCUUUCACUCUUGAAUUUUCCUUUUUUGAGUUCGGACUUCCCCUGCGUUGUCUUCCUCUGAAUGAGAUGCAACUUGCAUUCAUUCGCACCCUUCUCUCCCCGCUUGUUCUGCUCGCUAUGCGCUGAUCAGCGACCCUUUCUCAUCUCCCCCAUUCCCCUAUUUCAGAUUUCCUUUUUCAUUCCCCGUGUCGUUAUGAAAAUAUACUCCUUUCUAGUCAUGAUGGAUUGUGCUAGUCCAGAGCCCAUUACAUUUCCUAAUAUGCUCCCCUCCACUUACCCGGCGAAACCCCGAUCCUGCCCUUGACAGCGCCUGAAAUACACAAGAGAAUUACUCGAUUCAGUCUCUGUGGCUGUCGAUCCCCUACCCUACACUAUACGACGAGUGGCUCCCUCGAUAC